AUGAGUGGUGUUGAACUUGUUCAAAAGAACGGCUCUGAAAAUGAGUCGGACCGGUCGCAACAAGGCCAAGAUAUAGCCAAAAACUACACAAUGCAUCCUCUUCCACCUGUGCCAGAGGGAAUGUCAAAAUCACAAUGGAAGAAGGCAUGGAGGCGGAAAAGAUGGGAGGAAUCCAGGGAGGAGUACUCGCAGAAAAGACGGGAGAAAAAAGUCCGGGCCAAAUUGAGCAGGCGAGCCAAGAUUCAGGAGUAUAAAGAACGCGGUGAGGAACUACCGGAAGAAUUGUGCCGGAAACCACGCAAGAACGCGGACCAGAAAGACUCUGGCAUCAAAAUUAAGAUUGAUUGCGCCUUUGACGACCUCAUGAACGAUAAAGAGGUGAUCAGUCUCAGCAAUCAGAUCACGCGAGCGUACAGCUUCAACAAGCGCGAGAACCAUUUCGCUGAUGUGACUGUGACCAGCUUCAAUAAACGUCUGAAAGAGCGCUUCGACCGCGAUCUCAGUGAUUCGCGCUACAACGAGUGGAAGAACUUUAAAUUCUCCGAAGAUCCCCAACUUCCGGUCGAAAACACCGUCUAUCUCACCGCAGACACGGACGAAGUCCUGGAGCGUUUGGAACCGGGCACGACCUACAUCGUGGGAGGCAUAGUCGACAAGAACAGACACAAACUACUCUGCUACAACAAGGCCCGUGAACUCGGCAUCCCCACCAAAAAACUGCCCUUGGCUCAGUACAUCAAUCUGACUGGCAGAGAAGUGCUUACUUCGACGCAUGUGAUUCAGCUGAUGCUUCGGUACUUCAACAAUCACGAUUGGAAGGAGGCGUUCGAGUCGGUUCUUCCUCCCAGGAAGCUCGAAGAGAUCAAAAAAAGUGAAUUGGACUCAUCAGACGUCGAUCAUACCGGAAAGAGCGUUACUGGAAGUCCCGAUAAUUGCGAGACCAACGACGAGAGUGGGUCCGCCGUCGAGGCCGUAGAAGCUAAAUCUUUGUGCUAG